GCGGUGUGGCCGGCCUCACACAGGAUGGGGUGGUGCCUUGUGUCGGAGGCGCCUGCUCAGAGCACUGAGGUGGAGGGGGGAGGACUCUCCAACUACUUUUGCUGACUGUCACGUUAGUGUUUUGGAAAGUUCCCCGUGCGGAGUGAUAGUGGAGGGGGGAAGAGAAGACAUUGCCCUCCGCUCCUCUCACCCCUCGCCUACAAAUGUACAGAGUGCGAAGUUCCCUCAGCUCGGUGGUGGAUUUCCCAGCUCCCUCCUGAACUGAUUGAUCGCACAGAGCCCCGCCUCCAGCAGACCUAUUCAGGAACGUGGACUUUAAUUGCAACAUGGAGGAAGGAGAACUUGACCUAACUUUUAUAACAGAGCGGAUUAUAUCUGUGUCGUUCUCAAGUAACUGCUCAAAUGAAACAUACCUCCACAACCUGCGGGAAGUGACCCAGAUGCUGAAAUUAAAACAUGGAGAAAAUUAUUUGGUAUUGAAUCUAUCAGAAAGGUGUUAUGAGCUUUCCAGACUUAACACAAAGGUAAUGGACAUGGGCUGGCCUGAGCUACAUGCUCCCCCUCUGGAUAAAAUGUGUUCCAUCUGUAAGGCAAUGGAAACGUGGAUGAACAGUGACCCAUUGCAUGUAGUUGUAAUUCACUGCAGAGGUGGAAAAGGAAGAACUGGAGUUGUUAUAUCAUCGUAUAUGCACUUUACUGAUGUUUCUCUAGGGGCUGACCAAGCUCUUGAUCGCUUUGCAAUGAAGAAGUUUUUUGAUGAUAAAGUGUCAGUAUUGAUGCAACCUUCCCAGAAAAGGUAUGUCAAUUUUCUCCAUGAACUCCUUUCUGGAGUGCAGAAAAUGAACACGGCCCCAGUAUAUUUGCAUUAUGUUGUUCUUCAUGGUAUUCCAAAUUUUGAUACAACUGGUGUAUGUCAGCCGUUUAUAAAUGUUUUCCAAGCAAUGCAGCACGUUUACACAUCUGGAAUUUACAAUAUUACUCCUGAGGCACAGAACAGGAUUUAUAUCGCCGUUGAACCAGCUCAACUUAUCAAGGGUGACAUAAUGAUCAAAUGUUAUCAUAAAUCAUAUUACACUGAAAACCAGGAUAUUAUUUUCAGGCUGCAAUUCCAUACAGGAGCUGUUCAUGGCCAGAGACUUUAUUUUGGGAAAGAAGACUUGGAUCAUGCAAAUAAUGAUAAUAGAUUUCUGGACUAUGGAAAAAUCGAACUGGUAUUUUCAAGAAAUAUGGAAAAACUUUCUGUGCCUCACAGCCAGAGACUUACAGAUGGAAGCAUCUAUUCCAGACUAGGAAAAAAAAGCCUACCAGAUGGAUCUCUUGCUGUUACUGAACAUGGGGUUCCAUUAAAGACCAACCUUGAUAACACUGAUCCCACUUUGUGUGGCAACAGCGAUUCAGGCCAUUCUACAGAUUCCAUUAGGACAAGAAGUGUGCAAAAUAUUAGAGCCCAAAUCAAACGAGAUCUGAGUUCAAAAGAAAAGGCUGAACUGGAUCAACUAUUAGGUGGUUUUGGAGUGUAUACACCUUCAUACUCACAAGAGGAUAUGACUGAUGUGCAAAACAAGUAUAGUGUAACAAACAAUGCUGUCCCAAUCCAAAUUCACAGAAAUGGAAACAUGAAGCUUAGCGAGAGAGAAACUGAUAUUUUAGAUGACGAAAUGCCAAAUCAUGAUUUGCAUAGCGUUGACAGCAUAGGUACUUUGUCAUCUUCUGAAGAGCAACAGUCUAACAACUUUUUAUCCUUGCAUUUAAGCAGCCAUAAAAGUAGUCAAAAUUCAUUGCUUUCUGAUAGUUGUUACAGUAACACUGCAGAUGAACGGAACUAUAACAUCACACCUGACCUGGGAAUUAACAUUGAUCAAAUGUAUGAAAAGCCAUAUAAUAUCAGAGACCCUAAACAAACUCAACAAACAGCAUCUCAGGUACCUCCUGAUUUACAAAGCAACUAUUCUACUCAAACUUGGGUGCAUCAACAAAUGAUCAGCUCUCAUCAAUACUGUUAUGCCCCCGCUAAUGAAAGUCGUUUUGGUAUAUCUCACACUUUAGAUUCAUCUAAUUUGCCCAAAACAUCAAUACCUCUUCCUAUAUCUAAUACUGGAUUUGGCACCAGAGAUCCUGUACAGAUGAGCACUUCAAAGUCUACACAAGAUCAAGGGCCUGGAACUUUCCAUAAUUUACUAUUGGCUCCAAAAUCAUCAGAUUGGAUAGAAGAAAAGGAUGAAGACACGCCUUCCUCUCCAACACUGGAUAUUGACCAGUCAAUUGAGCAACUUAAUAAAUUAAUCCUGGAGUUGGAUCCAACUUUUGAGCUAGCACCAAUCCAAACAGUUUCUAAUACUACAGGUGUAAACAAAAUUACUUCCAGUUAUAGCAUCCUUUCUUCACCUUUAGAUGCAGAGAAGAAAAGAAAAGUCUUUCAAGAAGGCUUACAAUCCAAAACUUCAUUGGCUAGCAGCAGAAAGCAUAGCCUUGGUAUGUAUGAUAAUACCCCACAUUCUCCAUAUAAAAGAUAUGAAUGGAAGAGGAGUCCUGAAGAAGAGUCCAUUUCUAGAUCUUUUACUACGAUGGAGCAUUUACAGUCUAGAGAGGAAUCAUUUUCUAAUUACCAAGAAGAUGCUGAUGACACGAAUAAUCUCUUCAGUUACACAAGAAACAGUAAUGAAAUUGAUGAAGCUAUUCCACCCACACCAGCUUUCCCUGUUUCACCAGAAAGACUUUAUGAUAAACAGAAUUGCAGUGAAGGCCUUCAACAAAUAGAACUACCCUCUGACAGCACUGAUGGGACCAGCUCUGUAUUUUUCAUGACAGAACUACAAAGAUCUUUCUCAUACAGGAAUGCUAAUUUUGCAAUGAGAGAAGAAAGUGCUUUAGAAACUGAACAAGUAUGGAUGGAAAGUCCACUAAAGCCUACACUGCCUCAUCAAUAUUCAUUAAAGGAGAGGAGUAGGAUUCCAGUGAUUAACCAAGAAAUGUCUUCGAGCCCAGAAAAAAUUAUACUGAAUACUGACCUUGCUCCAGGGCUGCAGACAUUUGAAACAAGUAAUCCAGGUUAUGAAACUGCAGAUGUCCAAGAGCGAUCAGGAAGCAAAAUUAUUCAGGAAAACUGUAAUUAUGAUGGCUUUGUUCAUGCUAACAAUAUUCCUGCACUUAGUGAGAAGCAGGUAUCAUUUUUCUCUAGUACAAAUGCUUCUCCGAAAAUAUUAAGGGCACAGCUUUCAGUGGACAAUGACAAUUCCUAUAACCAAGGAAGUCCAAUAUUACAGCAUGUAGGAAAAACUGAGCAGUCACAGCCACCACUUCCGGAGAAAAAAAGAAUUUCUGAAAGUGAACGAUCAUUUGGCUCCAUUUCUCCUUCUUCGAGUGGCUUCUCAAGUCCCCACAGUGGCAGUACAAUCAGUAUUCCAUUUCCUAAUUUUCUUCCUGAUUUUUCAAGGACCUUAACUGAUUCCUCACUCUCAGAUAACUCUACGGAUAAUAAGCAUAUGACCGUAAAGUUUGUGCAAGACACUUCCAAAUUCUGGUAUAAGCCUGAUAUUUCAAGAGAACAAGCUAUUGCAGUUCUUAAGGACAAAGAACCUGGUUCCUUUAUUGUUAGAGAUAGUCAUUCCUUCCGAGGAGCCUAUGGAUUGGCUAUGAAAGUAGCUACACCACCUCCAUCUGUAAUGCAACUGAACAAGAAAGUUAGCGAUAUGGCCAAUGAGUUAGUACGCCACUUCCUAAUUGAAUGCAUUCAGAAAGGAGUUCGAUUGAAGGGAUGUCCAAAUGAACCAUAUUUUGGGAGUUUGACAGCUUUGAUUUACCAACAUUCCAUUACACCUCUGGCAUUGCCUUGUAAAUUACUCAUCCCAGACAAAGAUCCUUUGGAAGAGAUUGCUGAGACAGUCCCUCAGACUGCUGCCAAUUCUGCUGCAGAAUUACUCAAACAGGGAGCAGCAUGUAAUGUUUGGUAUCUGAAUUCAGUGGAAAUGGAGUCCCUUACAGGGUAUCAAGCAGUGCAGAAAGCUCUCAGCAUAACCCAAAAUCAGGAUCCACCUCCCGUGUCCACUGUGGUGCAUUUCAAGGUGUCUGCUCAAGGAAUCACUCUAACAGACAAUCAACGGAAACUCUUCUUUCGAAGACAUUAUCCAGUUAAUACUGUAAUAUUCUGUGCCCUCGAUCCACAGGACAGAAAAUGGAAAAGAGAUGGGCUUUCUGCAAAAGUCUUUGGCUUUGUAGCCAGAAAGGGCAAUGGAAAUGAGAACAUCUGCCACCUCUUUGCAGAACAUGAUUCAGAGCAGCCGGCUAGUGCUAUAGUGAAUUUUGUGUCAAAGGUCAUGAUUGGCUCCCUGAAGAAAAUGUAGUCUUGCUUUGGGAAAAAAAAAGUUGGUUACAAUUUUUAUUUUUAAUGACGCAAUCACAUUUUCUUUGCAUUCCUACAAGAACAGAGGGACUAUAAAUUCAUAUUUUGAAGUGCAAAACAAAAUAUUUCUAAAGAAAAUAAGUUAAUAGAUUAAAACAAUUCUUCUCCCCUUUAUAUUUUGUACAUGUAAGGAAAGUGUAUCAUGCACCAAAUUGAUUUUAAUUGUAUCCAGUAUGUACAGAUAGUGGUGCACAUACACUUUUAGUGUUCUAUUUUUGUCAGAGAUUUGCCUUUAAUAACUAAUAGAAUUUAAAACUGUGCUUUGGAGUUAAAGGAAUUGAUGGAAAUUAAUCUGCAAGUGUUUUUAAAAGAAUUGAGAAUAUACAGUGGUAGAUUGGUUGAAAAACGUAACAAAAAUCUGAUCUAAAACUUUGGUAAUUCAAGCUGAGCAUGUUAAGAAAAAAUCCAUAAACAGCACUUACCCUCUGAAAACCAUAUGUCAAAAAGAUGAGUACAUUUCAGGAAUAUAGGCAUCUGUAAUUCUAAACAAAGCUUGUUUUUUUCUUGAAAACGUUCAGCUUGGCCCUUUGGUGAAACUAAUUAUUCACAAUGAACAGGAAGGCUUUGGGGGUGUGAGAGUCAGGGCCAAAAUACAAGCUUCACAGUAAAAGCGUAUAGAAUGCCACUGUCUAUUUCUUUGAUGCCUCUGAUCGUUUUGACGUGGUAUUUAAAAAAAAAUGUAGUUCUUUUUUUGUUUUUAUCAUAUGCUUAGUUUGGAUUGCUGAUGACGUGGAAGUGAUAGGUUUACUGUAAGCUGCUGAAGGCACAUUUGUAAGUGACAUUUUAUAGGCAAGUUAUUGUAGUUCACAAAUGUAAGGAAAA